AUGAGAACAGCCCACCUGCCCCCUGUGAGGGUAAUAAGAGGGUUAGGAGAGCCCUACGGACCCUCCAGACACACAGGUGAGACGGAAGGUGUUUGGCUUCUGAUGUUGCUCCUGGCUGCAGCCAAAGCUGAGAGGAUCUUCUCUGGGUUCUCACUCCGUGAUCAGGUCAUUAGAGUCCAUGUGCAGUCGGAGGAACAGAUCCAGCUGCUGCGAGCUCUGGAGUCUGAACAGGAGCUGGAGGACCAUAUCUCCGAUUCCAGUCUCUCUGCCAGUAUUCCAGACUUACCAGCAGAUUCGGAUUCGGAGGAAGAAUAUUUCCUUUCCAAGGAUGAUCUGCAGUCUUCCAGCGAGAUGGGAAGUGUGACUUCAAAUCCCAGCAACAGGGAGUCUGACGACGCGGUUACUCAAGCAGCCCAUCCAGCCCUUACCUUGUCCGAUGUUUCGCGUCACCGUGUAGUACCAGGUCUGAUCCUUCGCUCCACCAUGCCGGGGGGGAGGAGGGAUGUGGUGGCGAUGAUCGAGCCGGAAAUGGAGCCGGAGGGGGAGAAAUUGCUGGGUCGGGGAAAGACAGGUGGCGGCUCGUACCGCUCCGUGCUGGAGAAGGGGGGUGAUGGGCCGGUGAAAACUCCGCUGGUGUUUGAUUCAGCCCCGGGGGUGUCAACUGCGGGAAAUGCAGCAGGAGGGGGAGGAACCCCGGGAAAAACAUCACUGCUAGCAGGGGUGUUUGCAGUACCAAUCCUGGAUUCUUGCCUCAGCUUCCUGCUGCCUGAAGUGGAUUAUUACCCAACGCCGCUCAACUCCUCUGGUCUCCCGCUCUCCACCACUCACCUGUCCUGGAUUACUCUACUGCCUGCCACUCCUCUCCACCAGACCAUCUCUGGCUCAGACCUGACUGGCCUCCCUCUCCUAAUCAAACCCCCACUUCACAUAUUCAGCACCGGUGGCAGCAAGUGGCCUGCGAACUGGAUCGACACGGGGAUCCACUCUAGGGAGUGGGUGUCUCAGGCUACAGGAGUGUGGACAGCCAAUAAGAUACUCAUUAACAUAGAUUAGGCAAUUACCACUGAUUAUGGUCGUGAUGCCUCCCUGACCUCCCUGCUGAACACCAUGGAUAUUUACAUGCUGAUCCUGGCCAACCCUGAUGGUUAUGUUUACACACACACCGAGGAUCGAAUGUGGCGUAAAACACGAUCAAAGAUCUCAGGAUCUGUGUGUCAUGGACUCGAUCCCAACAGGAACUGGGACGCAGACUUUGGUCCUGGUGCCAGUCAGAGCCCCUGCUCUGAGUCCUACCAUGGACCUUCAGCCCACUCUGAGGUGGAGGUGAAGAACGUGGUGAACUUGAUCAAAAGCCAUGGUAACUUCAAGUCCUACUCCAUCCACGCCUACUCCCAGCUGCUCAUGUACCCUUAUGGCUACUCCUGCCUAAGUGUGCCCCACCAGACUGAGCUGGACUCUGUUGCCGGAGCAGCAGCACAGAAACUGACUUCCGUCUACGGUAAGGCGUACAAGGUCAGAAGCACCUGCAAAAUCAUCUAUCAGGCCAGGGGCGGGAGCAUUGACUGCUCCUACAACAUGGGCAUCAAAUACUCUUACGCCUUUGAGCUGAGGGACACUGGUGGUCGGUAUGGUUUCUCCCUACCAGCUGAUCAGAUCAUUCCCACUGCCUCAGAGACUUGGCAGGCCCUGAAGCAUAUCAUGGCGUACGUCCGUGACCACCCGUACUGAUGGCCAUUUAAUCUGGCUGAAGGGUUUCCACUCAAGUCAGUUUGUUCAGUUUUCUGAACAUUCUGAGACCAAUAAAGCCACUAAAAGCUGUUUCAACACCUGUUUUGGUUUUCUGUGGUAAAUAAAUGUUUUCUAAACAUAUGUGAGUGUUUGUGGUUAAGAUAGGAUCUUUUGUACAUCAGUUUAAGUGAGAGCUGGCCCAAUGAAAUCCUGAAACCUUCCUCAAAUUAGACAUGACCUGUGUUUGAUGUAGCGCCUUGGGUUUUACAACUCCUAUGUGCAAAACAACAGAAACCUGUCCUUCUCACUCACACACACACACACACACACACACACACACACACACACACACACACACACACACACACACUCACACACACACACACACACACACACACACACACACACUAGUGGUGACAAGCUAAUUUGCCACAGCUGCCCAGGUACACACUAAUAGAAGCAAAGGCUGCUAAACACUGGUGCAACAGUCUCUCCGACCACCAGCAGCAGGCAAAGAGGGUUAACCAUCUUGCUCAAGGACACAAUAACUGUGACAGACUGAGUGGGGCUUGAACCUGAAACCUUUUGGUUAUGGGGCAGGCACUUCUGCCACUCUUCUUCUGCCACUAUUCUCUUAAAAGGGU